UUUAGCGUGCGUUCAGACAUGCGGGAAUCGUGCGUUUACGAAUCGCGCGGUUUCAAACCGCAAAAUUGUGAUGCUAUUCAGACACGCGCGGUUAGUAUGCGAUUUCGUGCGGGUAAAGCGUCAGUUUCAAAAUGGAGGUCGACGAAGAAGUGUGUUUACUGUGGUUGCUCCUUAAAAAAAAGAAAAGAAAAAGGCGGUAUUGGGUGCAUCCAAUAUUACGUGACCGACUAGUACAUGGUCAGUUCGUAACAUUAUAUCCCAAAUUAAGAAUGUAUGAUAACAAAUUUUUUGACUAUUUGAGAAUGUCAAUAAAAUCUUUUGAUGAACUAAUUGAACUGAUCAGGCAAGAUAUUUCAUGCUCUGAAACGCAUUUGAGGCCAAGCGUGUCACCGGAAGAGAAACUCGUAAUAACUUUAAGAUAUCUUGGUACGGGUUGUUCAUUUGGAGAACUAAGCUACAAUUACCGCCUAGGAAAAUCGACGAUUACUGGAAUUGUCCGCGAAGUAUGUAAAUCAUUGUGGAAUAAGUUGGUAAACAUAGUCAUGCCCGAAGCGACUGAAGAUAUCUGGAAGACAAUAGCACGAGACUUUGAGAGAUAUGCAAAUUUUCCAAAUUGCAUUGGUGCUAUAGACGGCAAGCAUAUCCGAGUUAUAAAGCCUGUUGAUUCGGGUUCUUUGUAUCAUAACUAUAAACAUUACUUUUCCAUAGUGCUCUUAGCACUUUGCGACGCCAACUAUUGCUUUACUUAUGUUGAUAUUGGGGCUUAUGGCAAAAGCAGUGAUUCUGCUAUAUUUAAAAAUUCGGUUUUUUAUAAACGCCUGACAGAAAAAUCAUUAAACAUACCAACACCUAAACCAAUAUCUAAUGUAGACCUAACACCAAUGCCUUAUGUUAUAGUUGGAGAUGAAGCCUUCGGCUUAGCAGAAAAUUUAAUGCGCCCAUAUUCAGGCAAAUGUUUACCAUAUGAAAAAAGGAUUUUUAACUAUAGGUUAUCGAGAGCCCGACGUAAUAUUGAGUGCACUUUUGGUAUUUUGGCGAACAAAUGGCGCAUCUUUCAUAGGCCUAUAAAUGUAAACAUAGAUUUUGCCGAAGAUAUAAUAAAAGCUUCUUGUGUUCUACAUAACUAUGUGCGGACUAGAGAUGGUCUAAAAUUUAAAGAUACUUUAUAUAAUGCACCCAUGACUAAUCUCAAUACCUUGCAUGCGGGAAGAGGGACACCGUCAUCUUUGAAUAUCAGAGAUAAAUUCGCUCAUUACUUUGUGAAUGAUGGGCGUGUUCCAUGGCAAGACACAAAGAUAUAGCUGCAACUAACAUACCGUACUUGUAAUGUUUAGGUACAUAACUAAAUGUAAACAAACGAAAUAUGGUAAUACCGUUGUGACCUUCAUUUGAAAAAUGCUCGAAAUGUCUGCAUAAAGCAGCCGAAGUUUGUUUAUAUUUAUUUAAGUACCUAAA